AGCAGCGGGGUGGGGCGCCACGUCACACCAUUCGCUCCCCUCCGUAGCGGGUCCUCGCGGAGAUCCGUUAAGGGGUUCUCGCCGCUGCCGCCUUCUCCCCCGGCGGGCGAACGGGCGAGAGGGAGGUUGCCGGCGGGGUCCAGCCAUCGGCGGGCGGAGAUGUUCCUGGUGGACUGGUUCUACGGGGUGCUGGCCUCGCUGGGGCUGUGGCAGAAGGAGGCCAAGAUCCUCUUCCUCGGCCUCGACAACGCCGGCAAGACCACGCUCCUCUACAUGCUCAAGGACGAGAGAUUGGUUCAGCAUCAGCCUACACAAUAUCCGACUUCUGAAGAGUUGAGUAUUGCGAAGAUCAAGUUCAAGGCAUUUGAUCUAGGAGGUCAUCAGAUUGCUCGCCGUGUGUGGAAGGAUUACUAUGCCAAGGUCGAUGCAGUUGUGUACCUCGUGGACGCGUAUGACAAGGAGCGGUUCGCCGAAUCAAAGAUGGAGCUUGAUGCCCUCCUCUCGGACGACUCCCUUGCCACCGUCCCCUUCUUAAUCCUGGGGAACAAGAUCGACAUCCCCUAUGCCGCGUCUGAGGAGGAGCUCCGCUACCACAUGGGGCUGAGCAACUUCACAACCGGCAAGGGCAAGGUGAACCUUGGUGAGUCCAACGUUCGCCCCCUGGAGGUCUUCAUGUGCAGCAUCGUCCGCAAGAUGGGGUACGGCGAUGGGUUCAAGUGGCUGUCCCAGUACAUCAAGUAGGGCUGUUGUAUUGAAAAAAAAAACGGAGAAAGGUUUAUGCACUCCUGAUGGUACCAUUAUACACCUCUUUUUACCUUAGCUUACCACAAGAGAGUUAGGGAGCUAGCUAGCUGGUCAUGGUUGUUCAUGGUGCCAGUACAUAUGUGGUCAUGGAAGUAGUGAAAAGUCUGGGAUGUGCUAGAUUUCUGUUCACUUGUAAUGUGAUCUUGAAGGAGCAACCAUCAAAUUUUGCUUCGUAGAGCUCUUCAGUUCUCGGUGUC